AUGACUAGCGGCCGCAUCACAGAAUGGCGCAAAUUGCCAGUCGCACUCACAGAACUAUGCCUCGCAACGACCCUCCGCUGCGGCCAGUCUUUCCGCUGGAAACAAUGUCCCGACGACACCUGGGCGUGCUCCCUGCGCGGCAGAAUAGUGCAACUUGCCCAAGAACCAUCAUACGUCAAAUACCGAUCGAUCUGGCCAUCUGCGGUUGAAGCACCGCCUACACCUCCCUCUUCAGCGCCGCCAACAGAAGCAGGUGACGAGGGAGACGACACCCUUGAUCUACUGUACCACUACCUCAACCUCCAGCCGAACCUGACACAAUUGUACGAGCAAUGGUCUGCUGCCGACGCAAACUUCAGAAAGAAAGCACCGAAGUUCACUGGUGUACGAAUACUACGGCAAGAUGCGUGGGAAGCACUGAUCUGCUUCAUAUGUAGCAGCAACAACAAUAUCAGUCGCAUCAUGCAGAUGGUCGAUAAGCUGUGCCUGCACUACGGGCCUUAUGUUGCGACGUUAGAUGGACGGGCAUAUCAUGAUUUUCCACAGCCGUCUGCGCUCACGGGCGAGAAGGUCGAAGCGCAUUUGAGAGAACUGGGAUUUGGGUAUCGUGGGCGUUUCAUCGUCGAGACGGCACGAGUGAUUGCGAACGACCGUGAACCAGGCUGGCUUGACUCACUGCGCAACCCCGAGUCGCCGGCUUUUGGUCAGCGUUCGAGCCCCGCGGGGCAAUGGAAGACAGAAGGUCGCGAUGGCUAUCGCACCGCCCAUGAAGAACUCCUCCAACUCCUGGGCGUAGGCGCCAAAGUGGCCGACUGCGCCUGCCUCAUGGGUCUCGGUUGGGGUGAGGCCGUCCCGAUCGACACCCACGUCUGGCAAAUAGCCGUGAGGGACUACAAGUUUGGUAAGGGCAAGCAUAGUAGUCUCACGAAGGCGACGUAUGAUAGCGUGGCCAACCACUUCCGGAAGCUGUGGGGGCAGGAGGCUGGGUGGGCGCACAGUGUGUUGUUCACGGCGGACUUGAGAGCGUUCUCGGAGCGCCUGACGGCCAAGACUGAGGUCAAGGUGGAGGUGAAGGAAGAGGAUGUUGUGGUCAAGGUGGAGGCGGUGGAGCGGAAAGUAAGGGUUGGUGUCAAGCGAGAGAACGAGGAUGAGAGGGUGAUGCUGGAGCUGGAUGAGGUGAAGGUUAGUAGUAGUGAACGAGUCAAGCGACGGCGGAGGGCACGAUGA